UUUUUUAUUUUAUUUUAUUUAAUUUAAUUGAUAAAAAAGAGAGAGAAAGUGAGAGAAGGAAAAGGAGAAAUCGAGAGAGAGUGAAGGAAGAAGAAGAAGAAGAAAAUGCUGAGCGCGACGGUGGCAGGAGCCCUCCUGGGAUUUGGGACCCAGUUAUACUCUAACGCCCUCCGAAAGCUCCCUUACAUGCGCCAUCCGUGGGAGCAUGUGUUGGGAAUGGGUUUGGGUGUGGUGUUCGCUCACCAAUAUGUUAAGUUCGACAUCAAGGCUAAGGAGGACCUAGACAAGAUACUAAUCAAGGCCAAGCAAGCCAAUGAACGCCGCUAUUUCGAUGAUGAUGAAGAUUAGAAGAUGUGGUACACACAAAUCACCUUUGUAUCAGAAUCCAAUUUUUUUUUCUUCUGAGAAUUAUGUGCCAGCUUGUGCUUUGGUUGUAAACAAUGUUUGCCUAAUUUGUACUUUGGUUCUCUCUUAGGAGAUGUGCACCGAGUCCAAGUGUUUUUCUGAGAAUAAAUUAUGCUGCUGCAUAUUCGUUUUCUGUACCUGCAGAAUACUAUGUUCUUUAUUUGUUGAUUUGUUGCCCUUCAUUUUCCUAGUACUAGAAUGCUGAAAGGAAAAUUGUGAGCGACAAUGAAGCAAAAAAAAUGUGACACAUGAUGAUGUUUG